GUCAGGAGUGUAGUACUAUCACGUAAAUAAGAUUUUCAGUGCUUGCAUAAAUUCUCACACUUGAACCAAUUAUAAUAUAUAGGAAAAGAUAAAAGUAGCUGCAAAACUUCCCACCGGCCACCAUUACUGCUUUUGUCUCAACCACACAACAAAACCCUCAACCUCAAAAUUACUCACAAAUCCUUUCAAUGUCAGCUCCAAUCUGAUUUGUUCUCGAAAUCCUCUGUACUGCUUCCUUUUUCCAAUUUUCUGCGCUAAUGGAGGAAUCGAGGCUGUCGCCAUCCAGUCCGAUUCGCAUCUUCUCCAAUUUCGCUCCCCUCAGCAACUGUGAUUCUAAUUCGAUUUCUUCUCCUUCGAAGAGGAAAAAGCCCCUUAGCUUGUGGCCGGGGAUGUACCAUUCGCCGGUGACGAUCGCACUGUGGGAGACAAGGUCCAAUAUCUUCGAGAGGCUUCUCGAUCCCCCGCUCGAUGCGCCGCCGCAGACCGAGUUGCUGACUAAAACCCCGUCACAGAGUAGAAUGACCAUUCUGUAUAAUUUCUCCACUGAUUUCAUACUGAGAGAGCAGUAUAGGGAUCCUUGGAAUGAGGUCAGGAUUGGGAAAUUGCUUGAAGAUCUCGAUGCUCUUGCCGGCACCAUUUCAGUUAAGCACUGUUCAGAUGAUGAUAGCACAACAAGGCCUUUGUAUCUGGUUACUGCUUCUGUUGACAAAAUGGUGCUGAAAAAGCCCAUCAAUGUUGAUGUUGAUCUGCAUGUAUCUGGUGCUGUUACUUGGGUUGGCCACUCUUCUAUAGAAAUCCAGCUCGACGUGACUCAGUCUGGUAUUGGUAGAGCUUUCCUGUCCACAGAUACAGAUGAAGCUACGGAUUCAGUUGCCCUAACAGCCACCUUCAUUUUUGUGGCUCGUGACUAUAAGACUGGCAAAGCUGCUCUGGUGAAUCGGCUAAUUCCAAAAACGGAACGGGAGAAAUCGCUUUAUGAAGCAGCAGAAGCCAGGAAUAAGUUGAGGAAAAGUAAGAUUAGAGGCGACAAGAAGGAGUUCCAGAGUGGAGAAGAGGUGAACAGGCUAGAAUCAUUGCUGGCCGAGGGUCGAAUUUUGUGUGACAUGCCUGCUUUGGCAGAUAGAGACAGCAUUCUCUUAAGAGACACAGGUCUCGAGAACUCGCUGAUUUGCCAACCUCAGCAGAGGAACAUUCACGGCCGGAUAUUUGGAGGGUUUCUGAUGCACAGGGCAUUUGAGCUGGCUUUCUCAACAACUUAUGCCUUCGCUGGGAUGAUGCCGUCUUUUCUGGAAGUUGAUCAUGUCGAUUUUCUGAGACCAGUGGAUGUUGGGGAUUUCUUGCGACUCAAGUCAUGUGUAUUGUAUACGGAAAGCGAGAAUUCAGAUCGGCCUCUGAUCAAUGUGGAAGUUGUUGCACAUGUUACAAGGCCUGAACUUAGGUCAAGUGAGGUGUCAAAUAGGUUUUACUUCACAUUCACUGUUCGACCGGAGGCAAAAGCAAUGAAUAACGGGCAUAAGAUCAGGAAGGUGGUCCCUGCAACCGAGGAAGAAGCACGUAGAAUUAUCGAGCGCAUGGAUGCUGAUUCUUUGUAGUCAUUUCACCACAUCAACAAAUGAAAAGAAUGCUUUUGUGAGACAUUACAUAAGACAAGAAUAUGAGUAUGACAUUUAUGUAUGAAUGCCAGUAUUUUUAAGAAAUUCUUGUAUCUGAACCGAAUGGUAACUCAUCUUAUAAAGUCCAUCUUUUGGUUCUGGCUUCUGAUUUGUAUUCUAAAUGAUAUAAGCAAUUGUAUUGAUGUUGUAGAGCUGAGUUAGUUACUAUUCUAUUUAAGGUUUUAAAUACAAAAACUACUCCUGAAGUCAGACAAGAUCACAG